CUGUGCUUUGCAAACAAGAGAAUUGUUUUGGCGUGUACAGGUAUGAACGAGCGAAACUGCUCUCCUUCCCGGCAGAGAGAGGUCAACGUAGGAAGCGUGAAGUCCGGCGGAAGUACGGUCCAGAUCAAUCUAGGAUAUGGGCCAGCCACCUUCGAGGAUUCUCGGCGAGCCAGCAGCUCGGUAUCUCAGUUUUCAGGCGACGAAUCACGCCGCCUUUUCACGAGCAGCACCAAAGUGCCGGAGAAUACAAUGGAGAACAGGAACCUCGGAGUGAUUACUUACGGGUCUGUGGUAUUUCAAUUGAAGGACGCGAAUCUUGAGGCGACGAACAUCUGCGAUUUCGUGCUGCGCGCGUUGAAGGUGGUCUGUAGAACGAGGGUGGUCAUCGUCUGCCUGAUAUGCUUGUCGGCAGUACCAUUCCUGAUGCUGAUUUAUGAUACUGGUCUCGAAUAAGAGAAACUCGGCCGGGUAGAUUCGAAUCUGGAGCGAGAGUGUGGGUAAGGGGAUGCGGAUACCCUCGCCUUACCGUCACGAAGCACGGGUAUACCGCGAUUCGCACCGACCAAGAUCCCGGCCAUCGUUUAUGACACGCGAGCAGCGUGCUACUUUCCCUUUUUCAGUAAGUUUUUAUUAAAGCUCAUCUAUGACCCAAGCUAAUCGUAAUCAAAGUUCACUGCGAUUAACACCUGAGAGUCAGAUAUCGACUUACUGUUCCGAAAAAUGCUUUGGAAAAUUGCAUAAAAAAAUAUUCCACUUACGAAAUAUUUAUAUUUAAACGAUUCAUUUAGAAAAACGAAUAUUUUUCUGUUCAGCAAUCACAGCUUUCUUUAUCAUGAGUGAGAAUCCAUGGUACGUCCACCUUUUCCCUAGAGCGUAGAGCGUUCUCAAAUCGAUAAAUAGCGCAGGGUUAGUUCGCAGAAACAGGAAUUACGUACCUCGGUUACAGGUGAACGUACUUGCAUAUACGUAGAUCCUUGAAAAUUUAUUACCACGUCCUGGUAACUAGAACCCGGGGUAUUUAUUAUCGAAGGGAAUCUCGACUGUGUAUUCGUUGACUGAUGCACGUUAUCUCUAGCUUCUAAUUGAAAAUUGUACACUCCUAUUAUUAUUAGGGACACAAUAGAACUUCUGUGACACUGCUAAAUAAUUAACCGUA